AUGUUCGAUGACCUCAAAGGAUUACUUGAGAUCCCAAUUCCUGCUCAUCUGGCUAGGAUUGAUGAUGCGGACUUUGAAGUUCCCAAGUCAGAGCCACCCAAGCCCAAACCAUCCAAGUUCGAGCCAUUCGUGUCUGAAACAUCCGAAUAUGAACAAUCCGAAUCCGAAUCAUCCGAGUCUGAGGUACCCGAGCCUGAGCCAUCUAAGAUCGAGCCUUCUAAAACCGAGCCAUUUAAGAUCGGGCCGUCCAAGAUCGAGCCAUCCAAAUCCAAGCUGUUUUUCUUGAGUAUACUAUGGGGUUCGUCAAGAAAACGCCCACGAAAGUGA